UAUAGUCUCGUAUUCUCGUACAAAAAAAAAUUUGUACCUAUACAGUGCACACGCGGAAGCUCAGCAACCAGCCCCUGUAAGCCGGACAUCACUCGUCUCUUUACCGAGCAACAGGACAAACAAAACAGAAGCUUGGCUCGGGGGAUUUUUUUUUUGUUCGUGCGUGUAUUCGUUUAUCCAACGCAUUUGUGUAUACAGUUGAAAUGUGUGUCGCAAAUUUACAACCCGAGAAUGGCAGAAGCAACACGCAACAAGAGGGUCCCAGCGAAGGGAAAGCGCGAGUCUGCCGAUAAGGAAAAUCAAUAAGACCUACCUAUAUAACAAGCGUAAUAAUACACCAGUCUGCGAAAGAAAGCAGAGGAAAGUGGAGCAGACCGCGAAGGCAAUGUUUUAUUCGUCGAAAAAAAGAAGAAACAAAUUAGUGCAGAAUCUUGUACGCUAGACGGAGUUCGCAACCUCAUCAUCAUUACGAUACACGUGGCAUAAAUAUAUACAAACAGCUGCUCAGCUUAUUAUUUUUGGGUGUACAUACACACACCACAACGUUACAGUCGUCGUCUGCUCUUAGCAGCUGAUUCACGCUGACAGCGAUAGUUGGGUUUUCAAAAGAUAAGCAAAAGGAACUUUGGGCGCGAGCUUGCGAACGAAGGCUGGAAGCAUGCGAUGCAUAAAAGAACGACGAAAAAUCAGGGCCUGACUAAAAGGCGCCUGGGCAAAGAACCUCGGUCCGGGCGCGCGACAGUCCUGCAGCAGCAACGCGUCGAAAGCGGCGAUGCGACGAGCAGUGGCAUCAACGGCAAAUCGCGACCUCCGAGCAGCUGGAGCCGUCAAUUGGCGGAGGAACAGACUCUGCACUCGUGGUCGGAGGACGUCGAGGAUGAGGCGUCGCGGCGAGUCCUCGAUUACUGGCGCGUCAUCGAGCGCACGCUCUAUGACGAGAAGGAGCCGCUACCGCAGGGCUCGCUCUUCGAUGAGUGCGUGCAGUGGCGCAAUCAGCUGGCACACCUGAGAAUCGUGGGUCGAAGCGCAGCGGAGCUUGAGAACGGGACGAGCGCGGUGGUUGGCGGCCGGGCACAGAGGGAAAAAAGUGCUCCGAAAGACAACUAUGGGCUGGACAAACUGACGGGCCUUGAUCGCGAUUUUUUUGCCAGGAAUGAAAAUUUUAAUGAAUGCUUAAAAAUCGCACCAGCGCCAACGACCACAGGCAAAAAUCCUCUCAUCAGCAAAAAUUAUUACCACAAUGUUGAGAGUACAGGCAUAUUAAAAGAAGAACAAGCAACGGGAAAAGAAACAGAGGACUUGCAAUCGCGAAGGAGUAAACUGGGCACGGUUUUCAAUGAGCGAAUCAUUGUGAGUCCGGUGCCUUUUGUCGUCACUACGAGAGAAAGUUUUUCAACCCUUCGCAAGACUCCGAUUCUUUUCGUAGGUGAAGACGGCGACGCUUCAAAUACGAUUCACUCUGGUUCAAGGCGAGAAAACUCAAGACGAAAGUUAUCUCUGACAGGAAAUACGCCCUUGGUAGCAGUACCGCAUGUACAGCCUUCGUGGAACACGCAAGUGUGCCCUACAAUUUGGCCGAAAAACGUUAAGCUCACUCCAAUUGACACUUCUAGAUUGCCAAGUAGUAAAAGAAGGUCAACAAAGACUGCAGAGAGUUUACCACCUCGUCGCAGCCGUCAGCCUUUAAGUCCAAUACCACGAUCGGUUCAGCCGAUGACGCCGCGUAGCUGUAAUCAAGACAAUCAUUUUAAAGGGCUGGAAGUCAGGGGCUUGCAAAUAAUAGCCCAACAAAAAAAUUGGCAUCCAAGAAAAAAUUCUAAAUCCAACGAUUUGGAUACAAAGGUGUAUGUGCCUGAGCAACAAAUACAAAACUAAUGUUUUCAAGCGCUUGGGUACAGCAUUGAAAUCUUAUCAUAAAAUUUUGUAUUUUUUUUGUAUAUUGUUCGAUAAUCUUUUCCAUCACCCAUGCGUGAGCGAAAUUUCGUGCGUGAGAUUCGGGGUUACAAAAGACAGCCUUACUUAUAUGGUCGCGUGAUUGGAAUAUAUAUUUUUCAUAUUCGCAGCAUUCAUUAAAUCUACAUUUUGCGCCAGCUUGAAUUUUCACUCAUUUGUCUUCUUUUCUAGAAAUGCAAGAAAGGCAAAUAAAAAGAGUGAGAAAUCGUAAUAUGGCAUGUAACAAAAAGUAUUCGCUUGAGAAAAAAGGGGUAUGCAUAAUGAAUGAGCUCCACGCGCACGAAAACUUUUCUCGUAUCAAAUUAAGUACAAGAGUCUAAAUCUACGUCAGCGGGCUAGUACCCCGUUUUAUUUACAGCUCGUAUAUGUGUAUAUAUGUAUUUGGGUGUAAAAUCUAGCGAAGCGAUCGACAACACGCAAACUCGUGAAAUUGCAUGUUGGUAAUCUUGCCAAAGUGUCUAUGUACGUAUUUUAGCAAAAGAUUUAUUUUACUUGGUGUCAACUUGUAAAUUUCAUAUUUAAGUGUUUAUAUGUGUGUGUGUGCAUAUACGUCCGGAAAUUUUUCAAAUAUACAAACAUACUUUUAUGAAAUUCCCGCGUGAAAUAGUUAUGAGGUAUGUCCAUGUAUAAAAAGAAAGUGAACGCAGGUUGUGCAAAAAACUGAUAAAGUAACUUGUAUAUUUUUGUAGCGCUCGUUAAACAACAGAAUGUAAGUAUGAAACGUUUUUGAAAGAAAAAAAAUUUUUUAUAUUCUCUAGUUAUUGCUUAGCGGAAAAAUUUGGUCCGUAAAUUGUAUUCCAAGAUUUUUUUUCUAUUGAUAAUUGUAUGCUGAUUCGUAUUAAAUAAACAAUCAAAAAAU